AUGAAUUCCAAAAAUGAAGGGAUUGAAAUGAAACCAAUCAUUGGACAAGAUCGCGAGGAAAUCUCGUAAUAUGAUAUAACAAAAGCAGCACAUCCAGGCAUUUGUUUUUUUCAUAUAUUUUUUAAAUUUUGUGCAUUUUUUUCAUAUCUAUUUUUAGGGUUAAUAAUUUCGAGCACUUUAUUUUAAUAUAUACUGAUAAUGAUUUUCCAUGCUUUUGAUUUUUAUACUGUUAAGAAUAUUACAGGAAAAUUUUUAGUUGGCUUGAGAUGGUAUUCAGAUUUUACUCCAAAAGGGGAUGAAGUUUGGAGAUUUGAAUGUUUUGACAAAUGCAAAAGAAGUAAAAUAGAUUCCUCUGUAUUUUGGACUUUUUAAUUUGGAGCAUCAUGUGCAUGGGCAUUUUUUGUGUUUACAAAUGAUUAAUUAAAGAUCAUUUUUGCAGGAAUUGGAGCCAGUUUAAGUUGGAUCAACUUAUGGGGAUUCUAUAAAUGUUCAAAGGAUUAAUAAAGAAAAAUGAAGGGAGUUCAAUCUUAUUUGACUAAAAAGGGAUUAUAAAUGGCAGUUCAGAGUUGA